AAACCAAAACCGUCAAGACGAGUACGAGCUCGUCGUCGCCAUCGUCCACCAGCUAGUGUUCAUCGUCGUCCUCAGCGUUAGCAAAGAACAAAUUCACUCUUCGCCGCGAUGCAAGUCGCAUCGUACGGCCCUCGCACGCUCAAGAAGGGCGUUGGUGUGCGCAUACACCCGCACACCAGUCCUCCUGCGAGCUCUCGCGCAAUCCAUAUUCCUUCAUCCAUCCCCCGUUCUGCACUCAGCUUUCUUUCGUCUGGCUCGUCUGCUGCUGCGACUGCUACAAAUGCUUCAGCAACACAAAGGCUUUUCACUCACUCCCGCUCCCUCGUUUCUCGCUUCUUUGCCCAUCUUACGGCACCAGGCCUCGCUCACACUUCAUCUGUUGCUGCCCCGGGGCAUCUCCACGUACAUGCGUCUCACCUGCAUACGCUUUCGCGGCCUGGCUCGAACUCAAUCAAGGCCAAUUUAUCCCUCCCUGCCAGGCACGCUCUAUCUCGCCCCUUUGGCGCACCUCAUCUCCCUCGUCCACCGACUAUCCCCCCUAGUAUUACUCAUGUCGGUCUUGGAACUGCACGAAACUUCCACUCUGCCCGACCUAUCUUCCAAAACCUUGUCGACAACGUCCCUGUCGCUGGUCGUGCUCUCUGGGAGGCAGAAUGGGAAAUCAAGGCGAGAGAGGAACAGAAGAGCAAAUUCCGCAAAGGAAAGGAGGUCAAGCGUGUUGAGAAGACUUUGGAGAUGUUAAAGCCGAAGAAUGAGAACAUUCUCAGCCCAGAGCCUGUUGCCAACUCCGUGACCCCCGUGUCUCAUGAAAGCGAAUUCAAUCACUACUUCCCUAUCGUAUCCGAGUCUUUGCCACAAGUAACCACGUACCUCCUAAUUCCUAUUGCGCCAACGCCAACAUCACGAGUACCUUUGGGCAUUUCCACCACAUCGCAUUCUCCGUCGUCAAGACAUCCACUUCUGCCUAUCCCAGAGCUUGCAGCGAUGCACCAUCUGCAUCAUACGCACUCCCUUCGAGUUUCCACGCUCUUUGCGCGGCUUGAUGUAGCGCACGUCUGGGAUGAUCCAGGAGUGGAGUGCUCGGCGUAUGCUCAUGGCCAUCACAGGGAUCUUGCCGAGGAAUCGGGGUCAGAGUGCACAGUCCUGAAUAUUACUUUUGCAGGCUGGAACAAGGCACGUGUGCGCAGUAUCAUAGGGGAGAGUGGAAGUGGCUGGUGUUCGCUCGAAGAAGUCGAGGAAGAAGAAGAUUUAAGUGACAGCAUGUCUGAUGUAUUGUCUAGUAUGGAUUCAGAGGACCUUGCCAGCAUAAACGAGUUUGAGCAACCUCACACGACCGUUCCGGACCCUGCACAGUCGUUUGUUUUGCCCACACUCGACUUCUCAUCAUCUUUUCCUGUCCCGUCAAUCCAACAACCGCCAGUCAUUCUGUAUACUGCCUCCGAGCUCAGUACUCACCGCCAUGAGCCGCCAUCGCCUUCCAUGUCUUCAGCUUCUUCUAUUCUGGACCUUAAUGAAGGCUCUGAUUCAGACCUGAGCAUUAUUGCUCCAGGUAGUGUUGAGUCGCACUCUUCGUGGGUAGGGUUCAGCUCAGAUUUCGCUGCUAGGAUCGGCGAUCCCAAGGCGUAGAUGAAGUGCAGACAUAAAAGCCUCUUCUCUACAUACAAUAAAGACUUCGACAAAAGGUUUGGUAGGAGCCCCGAAUUAGCAAAAUGGAACACCACACAGAAAUUUGAAGCUAAAGAACUCGAAUAAAUAGGAGAGAAACAGAUACGUUGUACACAAAGCACAUUCUUUUACUUUUCUUGUUUUUUGAACUUUCAGAGUUAACCACAUGUUUGUACGAAUGCCGUUUGCGCUUGUAACCUCCGUGAUAUCAUAAACUUUCUUUAAAUGUUAUAACUCAUCUGACAUGUUAUCUUUCGCAGAAUGUGAAUUUUAAGAAAUAACAGUCGAUUCAAU